AUGACCGGGGUUUUUGAGAAUUUAAAUACUGAUAUGCAUUCGAACCAGAUUACCUCAAGCAAUUACCACAGUUUGCAUAAAUCGCAGGACUCUCCAACUCUGCCGGUGUCCACUGCGACGGACAGCAGCUACUACAACAACCAGCAGCCUGGCCACGGGUCUCCGUUCGGCCAGCUCGGCUCCUACCAGUACCACGGCCACGCCACGAGCACCAUGACAUACAACGCAAAGUCGUACGACCUUGGGUUCAACUCAUCGUAUGGUGCAUACAGCUCCUACGGCUCCAACCCAUCUCCUGCUCCAACCGAUACAGAAAAAGAAGAGCGCGAGCCAGAAAUCCGGAUGGUUAAUGGAAAACCAAAGAAGGUCAGGAAACCUCGGACCAUAUACUCCAGCUUCCAACUGGCUGCACUUCAGCGGAGGUUUCAAAAGACGCAGUAUUUGGCGCUACCUGAGCGGGCCGAGCUGGCGGCAUCGAUGGGCCUCACGCAAACACAGGUCAAAAUCUGGUUCCAAAACCGCCGGUCAAAAUUCAAGAAGUUGUGGAAAAGUGGUGAAAUCCCUCCAGAUCUACAGAUUGGGUCCAGUGAAUCACCCCCCUGCACGUCUCCGCCAAUUUCUGCCUGGGACUUUCCACAGACUCAAAGAAUGAAUAGUGUCAACUCCAGUUUACCUCAGAGCAGCAGCCCUCCCAACACGUCUGCGCCUUCAUCGUUUUUGGCAAACUACUCCUGGUACUCAACCACGAACUCUGCGACGCAUCUGCAGCCGCCUCUGAUCCAGCACCACCACAACCCCGCCAUAAGCGCUGGGACGAUAUACUGA